CUCUGCCCUGCCUUGGGGGUGGGGUGGGGUAGUGGUCUGUGUCUGUCCUGUCAUCACCCUGACAGCAAAGGUCAGUCCCUGGGGGAGCAGUCAGCAAGCAGUGCCAACAGCUAACACCAGGAAGCCUCAGAAAACAGUCCUCAGGUCACUCUCAAUCAGGGAUCCUAGGGGGUGCAGUGUGUGGCAGGGGUGGCCGGGCAGGCUGGGUGUGGGAGGGGCUGCGGUGGCAGUGUCAGGAGCCUUCCACACUGAACUGUGCUCAGACCCUCCUGGCAUAGAAGCUCGUCCUCAGGGUUACACAUACACCUUGGAUACAAAGACUGCACCCAUGGAGGCUCUGCCAGGCCAAGGGUCUCUGGACACAUUUGUAGGAGGAUGCCAGGAGAAGGGGUAGGGGUGGAGCCAGCACAGGUUACAAAACUGUGGACUAGUGCUCCCCGUGCAGCCCAAGGCAGCUGGGGGCAGGCGUGCUCAGUGUAGUGGGGUGUUCAUGCUACGGAAUUGGUGGACAUUACAUAUCAAGUUUUUUCUUUCCAAAAAGCUGAUUCACCAGUGGUGGGGAGGCCACACAGGCUGGACUGAACCGCCCCAGGUCUCAGGACAUCAGCCGAGCACAACUGGCCUUGGUGAGGCGAGCCUGGCCAUGGGAGGAGCCGUGGUUGACGAAGGUCCCACGGGUGUCAAGGCCCCGGAUGGGGGUUGGGGCUGGGCUGUCCUCUUCGGCUGUUUCAUCAUCACAGGCUUCUCCUACGCCUUCCCUAAGGCCGUCAGUGUCUUCUUCAAGGAACUCAUGCACGAGUUUGACAUUGGCUACAGGCACACGGCCUGGAUCUCCUCCAUCCUGCUAGCCAUGCUCUACGGGACAGGCCCACUCUGCAGCGUGUGUGUGAACCGCUUUGGCUGCCGGCCCGUCAUGCUGGUGGGCGGCCUCUUAGCAUCCCUGGGCAUGGUGGCCGCGUCCUUCUGCAGGAGCAUCGUUCAGGUCUACCUUAGCACCGGGGUUGUCACUGGCUUGGGUUUGGCCCUCAACUUCCAGCCCUCGCUCAUCAUGCUCAACCGUUACUUUAACAAGCGGCGCCCCAUGGCCAAUGGGCUGGCAGCAGCAGGCAGCCCUGUGUUCCUGUGUGCGCUGUCCCCACUGGGCCAGGUGCUUCAGGACCACUACGGCUGGCGGGGAGGCUUCCUCAUUCUGGGCGGCCUGCUGCUCAAUUGCUGUGUGUGCGCUGCGCUCAUGAGGCCCCUCAGGACAUCCCAGCCAGGCGGGGGGCCGGGGCCCCGAAGGCCCUCACGGCACCUGCUGGACCUGAGCGUCUUCCGGGAUCGUGGCUUCGUCCUCUAUGCAGUGGCCACUUCCAUCAUGGUGCUGGGCCUCUUCGUGCCACCUGUAUUUGUGGUGAGCUAUGCCAAAGACCUGAAAGUCCCAGACACGCAGGCUGCGUUCCUGCUCACCAUCCUUGGCUUCAUUGACAUCUUUGCGAGGCCCACCGCUGGCUUCCUCACCGGGCUUGCGAAGGUUCGGCCCUAUUCUAUCUACCUCUUCAGCUUUGCCAUGUUCUUCAAUGGCUUCACCGACCUCACAGGCUCCACGGCCAGUGACUACAGCGGCCUAGUUGUCUUCUGCAUCUUCUUCGGCAUCUCCUAUGGCAUGGUGGGGGCCCUGCAAUUUGAGGUGCUCAUGGCCAUUGUGGGCACCCACAAGUUCUCCAGCGCCAUUGGCCUGGUGCUGCUGCUGGAGGCAGUGGCAGUGCUCAUCGGCCCCCCCUCAGGAGGUGAGCUCCUGGACGCCACACACACCUACAAGUAUGUGUUCAUCCUGGCGGGGGCCGAGGUGCUCACUUCCUCCCUGGUGUUGCUGCUGGGCAACCGCUUCUGCAUCAGGAAGAGGCCCAGGGAGCCUCGACCGGAGGUGGCUGCAGAGGAGGAGGAGCUCCAGAAGCCCCGGGCUGACAGAGAUGCGGAGGUGGACUCUCGCGAAGUGGAGCACUUCCUGAAAGCAGAGCCCGAGAAGAACGGGGAGGUUGUGCACACCCCGGAAACAAGCGUGUGAGGGCCUGGCUGGGCUGGCAGGUAUAGGGAACAGGUACAGAGACUGGCAACGCUCGUAUUUAUUUCACAAACAGGACUAGCUUAAGCGGGGCCCUCGCUUGGCUCCGGGUGCCUGGUCGGCGGGUUGUCACUUGAGCAGUGUUUUGAAGGGGAGGUGGUGGGCGGGAAUCAUGUCAUUCCAAAGCCGAUCUGCGGUGAAGUCAAGCCGAGGUUAUGAGCCGUCUGCACCGGGGCCUGGCCUGCUGACCCACAGCCCUGAGCCCACCGCUGUGCUCAAGGACCUAAAACCCACGCUUCAGAGACAACAUGACUUUAAUCAGAGGGCGUGCUGGGUACAGGGUGGUAGGUGGGCACUUCUGCAGGGGCCCUCCCUCAUGCCUGUGUGGCCCACUGUCCUGCACUCCUGGACUCUGCAGUGGUGUCCUGUGCCCGCCCCCUCAGUGUCCAGUGCACAAAGCUCCUACUAAACCGGGAAGGUGGAAAAUAAACCUGUGUGGAAGGAGGCUCAGGGGACCCCUUCCCUAGAAGUGUG